AUGCCUAGGGGAGAGGAAUAUUGGCGUCGUACUUCUAUUUUCUACACUUAUAUCAAGUGUGGGAGUAAAAGCUGCAAGAUGAUCGUAGAUGGUGGGAGCUACAUGAAUGUGAUUUCAAAGUUAGCAGCUAAAAAGUUAAGAUUAAAAAUAGAGCCUCAUCCCAACCCAUAUAAUGUUUCAUGGGUCAAUGCAACUACCAUGCCAGUAGUAAGCCAUAGGUGUUUAGUCCCCAUUAAGAUUGGAGAGUAUGAGGACCAAAUUUGGUGUGACGUGCUCCCCAUGAACGUUUCUCAUAUUCUAUUUGGGAGACCUUGGCUAUUUGACAUGGAUGUCUCACAUAAUGGGCAUGCCAACACCUACUCUUUUAAGUGUAAUGGAAAAAGAAUCAUUCUCAAUCCACUUGAGCCCAAGAGUGAGAAAAACAAGAAGAAAGAGGAGACGAAAGGAAAACAAGCUAGUCGAUCCUUACAUAUUAUGAACAAGAAGGACUUUGAGUUUGAGAGUCAAGAAAAUCAAGUCGUUUAUGUGAUUGUUGUCAAUGAAGCCAAGCUGAAGAGUCCUGAGCAGGAGACACCUCCGGAAGUAUUCCCCAUAGUUUUUGAGUUUGAAAAUGUCAUUUUUCAGCCACCGAGUGAAUUGCCUCCGAUGAGAGAUAUUUAA